AUGGAAGAACAUGAGGCUCAGAAGAAGGUCAACUAUGAGGUUCGAGAUCAGCUCCCAAAGGAAGUUUCCAAGAAUGCACUCAGAAAGAGAACAGAAAGAGCCAGAAAAAUCUAUGAUCUUUUUUUUCGUAUUGGUGGAGACAAAGUUCAAAGGAUGACAUAUAUUCAACAAAUAAAAACGUUUACUGCACCAUCGAUUUCAAAUUUAAGUUCGGAAAAUAUCAAAUACGUAGCAUUACAGGGUCUUUGGGAAUGGGAAAAUGGAUCUGUUCUUGUUACCGAAAUUCCCUCAAAAUUUCACGAGAUUUGCGUCGGUACAAUUACGGUGGAAUUGGGUAUAGCACUUCAAGCCCUGAGGAAAUCUCCUGCCGGCUUUCUUUUUUAUGGUGCGACAACAACAACCUCAGGUAGAUCAGGAAAAGAAGCAGAUGUGUCUAUUCGACCCAAAGGAAAACCUCAAGUGCCCCGUGGUGGAUCUGAUGGGAGGAAUGAACCCUGGCCCAGUCUUGUAAUAGAGGUCGCUUAUGCCGUAACUGAGGCGGAACUUAAGAAGAAAAUAGAGACUUACCGGCUCGCUCCUAAUAGAGCUCACGAUGCAAUUGGCAUUAACUUUAACUAUAUACCAGGCAUGUGCCCAACGGAGAUGACG